GUGUAUCCCCAGUGAGCUAGCAUGAUCUAGAAUAGUUGAGCUUUAGUUAAGGUUUCUGCACACCCAGCAAAGAUUGUUCCUUGUCUGAUUGUCGUAUAAAAGACACUUUAAAAGCUUUGCAUAUAAGGGAUCACACUGUCUUACAGCAAGUUGCUACGAGAAAUGGCUUGCUCCGUUCCUGAUUCUACCGACAUCGAGCGGGAGCGUCACUUACGGCUUCAACAACUUCUGGUGGAGGGAGGAACGACUGCGCUUAGAAAGUUCUUCGACAAUAUACACCCCCCGGCCACGCUUGCCACGGUGCUCACUACAAAACAGAGACAGCUCCAACAGUUGGUGAAUAAAGGCAUUUUAUCAUCUACUCAGUGGAGUAAGCUCUAUCCUGCAAGUGGAAAUCCAGAGUCGAAGCAAUUCGACAUUUCUCUGUUGUCUGCGUUGCUCAGAAAUAUCUGCGGCAUCCUGACUCCCAAUGAUCCAUUCUGGAGCACUUAUCCACCUGACGCAAAUAUCUCUGAUGAAGCUAAUUUGGUAAGGAUAAGAAUGCUGAGAAAUGAUUUUGCACACUCAACCACUAUACGUCUCAAUGAAUCACAAUUUGAAAUCUUUUGGGAGAAGCUUUCGAGUGCACUGGGUGCGCUAGGGUUGAAUAAGUUUAAAAUAGACGAUUAUAAGAUGCGUCCCAUCGGAACUAAAGAUUACACCAGCGUAAUACAACAGUGGGUGGCGUCAGAUGGUAAAAUUCUUGAGAAGUUGCAUGAUAUGGCAUCAACAGCAGCCAGACACCACGAGGAGGUGAAAGCGGGCAUUGAAGAAUUCUUAAAACUCAAACCGGGCAUUGAAGAAGUUUUAGGUCUCAGAGGCAGGCUAGAAGAACUCAUAGACCUUUUAGAGCCGCGCAGUCAACAUUCGUUACCAAGCAACGGGCAGGUGAGAGAGACACAUAACGGGGAAUCUGGUGACGAGAGAGAUCAAGCUGAAGAGCUCAUGGGCAGGGGUCGUAAAUAUUACGACAUGGAUAACUACGAGGAGGCUAUAGGACAUUCCAAAGAGGCCUUGAGGCUGUACCAAAAGACAAGUGAUGAUCAAGGGCAGGGGAAAGCACAUCUCCUUAUUGGUACCACACACGACCAUCAAGGUAAAUACGAGGAGGCUAUAGGACAUUACAAAGAGGCCUUGAGGCUGUACCAAAAGACAAGUGAUGAUCAAGGGCAGGCAAUGGCACAUCUCCUUAUUGGUAUCACACACGACCAGCAAGGUAAAUACGAGGAGGCUAGAGGACAUUACAAAGAGGCCUUGAGGCUGUACCAAAAGACAAGUGAUGACCAAUGGCAGGGGAAGGCAAAUCUCCUUAUUGGUAAUACACACCACCAGCAAGGUAAAUACGAGGAGGCUAUAGGACAUUCCAAAGAGGCCUUGAGGCUGUACCAAAAGACAAGUGAUGAUCAAGGGCAGGGGAAGGCAAAUCUCCUUAUUGGUAAAACACACUACCAGCAAGGUAAAUACGAGGAGGCUAGAGGACAUUACAAAGAGGCCUUGAGGCUGUACCAAAAGUCAAGUGAUGACCAAGGGCAGGGGAAGGCACAUCUCCAAAUUGGUAAUACACACCACCAGCAAGGUAAAUACGAGGAGGCUAUAGGACAUUACAAAGAGGCCUUGAGGCUGUACCAAAAGACAAGUGAUGAUCAAGGGCAGGGGAAGGCACAUCUCCUUAUUGGCAAUACACACAACCAGCAAGGUAAAUACGAGGAGGCUAGAGGAUAUUACAAAGAGGCCUUGAGGCUGUACCAAAAGACAAGUGAUGACCAAGGGCAGGGGAAGGCACAUAUCCUUAUUGGCAAUACACACGACCAGCAAGGUAAAUACGAGGAUGCUAGAGGACAUUACAAAGAGGCCUUGAGGCUGUACCAAAAGACAAGUGAUGACCAAUGGCAGGGGAAGGCACAUAUCCUUAUUGGCAAUACACACGACCAGCAAGGUAAAUACGAGGAGGCUAGAGGACAUUACAAAGAGGCCUUGAGGCUGUACCAAAAGUCAAGUGAUGACCAAUGGCAGGGGAAGGCACAUAUCCUUAUUGGUAAUACACACGACCAGCAAGGUAAAUACGAGGAGGCUAGAGGACAUUACAAAGAGGCCUUGAGGCUGUACCAAAAGACAAGUGAUGAUCAAGGGCAGGGGAAGGCACAUCUCCUUAUUGGUAAUACACACAACCAGCAAGGUAAAUACGAGGAGGCUAGAGGACAUUACAAAGAGGCCUUGAGGCUGUACCAAAAGACAAGUGAUGAUCAAGGGCAGGGGGAGGCACAUCUCCUUAUUGGUAAUACACACUACCAGCAAGGUAAAUACGAGGAGGCUAUAGGAAAUUACAAAGAGGCCUUGAGGCUGUACCAAAAGACAAGUGAUGAUCAAGGACAGGGGGAGGCACAUCUCCUUAUUGGUAAAACACACUACCAGCAAUGUAAAUACGAGGAGGCUAUAGGACAUUACAAAGAGGCCUUGAGGCUGUACCAAAAGACAAGUGAUGAUCAAGGGCAGGGGAAGGCACAUCUCCUUAUUGGUAAAACACACUACCAGCAAGGUAAAUACGAGGAGGCUAGAGGACAUUCCAAAGAGGCCUUGAGGCUGUACCAAAAGACAAGUGAUGAUCAAGGGCAGGGGAAGGCAAAUCUCCUUAUUGGUAAAACACACUACCAGCAAGGUAAAUACGAGGAGGCUAGAGGACAUUCCAAAGAGGCCUUGAGGCUGUACCAAAAGACAAGUGAUGAUCAAGGGCAGUGGAAGGCACAUCUCCUUAUUGGUUAUAAACACUACCAGCAAGGUAAAUACGAGGAGGCUAGAGGAUAUUCCAAAGAGGCCUUGAGGCUGUACCAAAAGACAAGUGAUGAUCAAGGGCAGUGGAAGUUAAAUCUCCUUAUUGGUUAUAAACACUACCAGCAAGGUAAAUACGAGUAGGCUAUAGAACAUUCCAAAGAGGCCUUGAGGCUGUACCAAAAGACAAGUGAUGACCAAGGGCAGGGUGAUGCACAUUUCUAUAUUAGUAUUACACACAACUUACUACGAAAACUUAAUAGAAGCAAUAAAUUCGGAAGGAUAUAUACAACCAACCAGAAGAGAACUAUUCAAUCAUGAGGAAAUAUACAA